ACCUCCCAAUAUAGAUCCAGUUCACCGUCAGACCCGCUUCAGGCCACACCAUGUAUCGUACCACGAUGCCGCUGAGCGCGUUCCUAAUCGUGUGCGGGCUGGCCACGGUGCACUGCUGGGGCGGACUCUUCAACCGCUUCAGCUCCGACAUGUUGGCCAACCUGGGCUACGGGCGCGGGCCGUACCGCCACUACGCUUACGGACAGGACGUGGCUCCAGAAGAGGCCUACGCCGAGGCCCUGGAGGGCAACCGCAUUGACGACGUGCUGGACGAGUCGGCACACUGCUACAGCGCGCCGUGCUCCACCAACGGCGAGUGCUGCCGAGGCCUCAUGUGCCUCGAGACAGAGGACGGCGGGCGCUGCCUCCCCGCAUUCGCCGGUCGCAAGCUUGGCGAGAUCUGCAACCGCGAGAACCAGUGCGAGGCGGGACUCGUAUGCGAGGAGGUCGUCCCAGGAGAAAUGCAUGUUUGCCGUCCCCCAACAUUAGGCCGCAAGCAAUAUAACGAGGACUGCAACGCGUCAAGCGAAUGCGACAUCACACGGGGACUGUGCUGCGUCAUGCAACGGCGACACCGUCAGAAGGCGCGCAAGAGCUGCGGCUACUUCAAAGAACCCCUGGUCUGCAUCGGACCAGUAGCCACCGACCAGAUCCGCGAGUUCGUGCAGCACACCGCCGGCGAGAAGCGCAUCGGCGUUUACAGACUGCACUAAACGCCAUAGUCUCGUGGAGUAUGCAGCCAAUCCAAAUUGAUACUUACAGCUCGGUGAUAAUGUUUGAAUUACUGUUGUUAAUUUUAUAGGUCUACAAAAUUGAAACUAUUUAUAGUUGGAAGAUUGAAAUUUCGAUAGCGUGAUUCAGGAUUUGUUUCGGAUGUAACAGCGACAUCUAGCGAUUGAUGUUGAAACUGAAAUAUGAAAUGUAACGAGAAGCGCUACUGAAAAUGUUGCAAACAUUUGUAGUUUAAAAUAGGCUCUAACUUUAGUGACAUUUGUAAAAAUUUGAAGUACAAAAACGUGAAGUUGAAGUUUCAAUUGGAUUGGAUGUUUUUUUGUGGUUGGAAAUGAUGAUAAUCUAAAACAUAAACAAAAGGAAUUUGUAAGAAAAAAAUCGUAAAGGAGAAAGUCUUGAUUAUAUUUUAUUUGUUAUAGGCUGGGACUGUUUACUGCGUACUCCACGACACGAAAAUUGAGAAUUUUAUGUUAAAAAUUUUAAGAUCGAAAUUUUAAGAGUUGUCUGUAAUUUUGACCCGAUUUUAGAACGACUCUUAACAUUUUUGUUCGUAUAUUUGGAAAUAACGAGCAUUAACAAAGGUUACAAUUUUUGAAAUUGGAAACAACUUGAAAUUUUACAAUUUAACCCUAUUGUAAAAAGAAAGGUUAUUUUAUAAUGAGCGUUAUUACAACUUUCGAUUGAUUAAAAACAAAUGAAAUAAAUGCUUUCGAAAAUGGCCGCCGAUUUUGCAUCUUUUUAUUUAUUUUCGAAGCUUAGAGAAAAAAAUAAUAAAAAGAGGUAGUGAGUGAGAUAUCAAACUAAUUUUUAGUUUAUACAUGUGUAGUAUUAGAUUAAAUUAUUAAAUGUUUAAUAUUCUAUUCUUAUGAAUGUCAUAAUUGCGUCUUUAGAUUUUCAUGUUUAAAAUUAAUGUUAAAUUUUAAAAUUAGAUUUAAAGUUAAAUUAAGUCUUCAACGAUUGAAACAUAUACAUAUCCUACUGGCUGAGGCAUUUAUAUCUAAUAGUACUAAUAUUGAUGUUAUAAUAUAAAAUACAUAUCAUAUAUCUAAAAUAAGCUGCUCUUUAGAGUAAAUGUAAUAUAAACAUUUUUUUCGCUUGUUUUUACUUAAACCUAACUUAAAUCAUACUAUGCUAGGUGCCUAGGUAUAUACAUAUCAAUAUUUGUUUUUAAUAUAUAAUAAAAUUAGAUAAUAAUCACAUUUUAAUACAUAUCACGUUUUUUGAGUCCGUUAGUAGCCUAAGAGUACUAUAUAAUGGUGUCUAUUUUCAGAUAUUGUUGAAAUUUGAAAUGAACAAAUAUUUUUCUGCCAAACUUCUAGUUGCUGUUGAAGAUAUGAAAUAUCUUUUUUUCGACCAUUUUAUUUUUAUAAAAAAUAAUCUGGUUUGACUGGCCUAGUCAUUGCGUGACGCACCCAUCGUGCAUCGCACUCAUCGCUCGGUGCACCCAUUUUGCAAGGCAUAUCAUUGCUCGGUGCACCCAUUUUGUAUGGCACACCAUCGAUCGGUGCACCAAUCGCGUAACACACCCGUUGCGUACACCCAUCGCACAUAGCACCCAUUGCGUGCUCGUUGCAUAAGUAACUCGUUAAGAUACUCUGUUGAACUGUAUUUAUGAUAACUUGUGUAUUAAAUAUAUGAAUUAUGUGUUAAUUAUAUAAAUUAUGUCAGCA